CGUUCAUACUUCCGUUUUCCGUGUUGCUGAAUUUCUUACUGGCAUUUAGUUGGGUCUUUGUAUUGAAAUCUGUAAAUACACAUACAAAUUUAUAUUAAAAAUGUUUUUAAGUGGAGAUUGAGGAGUUGCUUCAUCAUGUCAUUGGAGGACAUGCUUUUAAAAUUUAACAUAAUGUUUUCUUGGGAAUGCCGUGGCAAUCUACGAUCUAUUUUACCUCAAGUAGUGAACAUUUGUACUGAUGUUGACCAUAGAUCUCUUGAACAAAUCAUGGAUGGUUUUUACCAUCAAUCCUGUCCAGGUUUGCUCUUCUACCGACCAAAUAAUUUUGAUAUUGUUUCUACAUUCAAGCUCAACUUUACCAAUAAUCUACCUCAUGCGAACUUAUGUGUGACUACAAUUGUUGUUUUGUCUGAAGCAAGAAAUCUUGAGCUAUAUGUUAAUGGUGAAUAUGAAAAAAGUGUCAAAGGAAGACGAAGAAUGAAUGAAGAAAAAAAAUCAUCAUUAUAUGAAGCCCAGUUUGAUCUUUCAAAUCAUGUAAAGAGAAACUCGGAUGUUGAAAUAAAAUUCUUGUCAUAUCCUAGUAAAGAUCAAGUUCGACUACAAGCAAUAGUUAUGGAACUCAAACAGUAUGAUUUGAUUGGAUCAAAGCAUGAUCUGGAACAGAUAAGUGGACCUUUUGAUCUAUCCAGUGUCAAACAAUACCUUGGAUCAGUUGGACGACCACUAAGUCAGGAAGCGCAAAAUAUGCUAAAUACUAUCGAAAAUUUUCAAAAGAGUCCUGCUUUUAAAGCCCAGCAAUUGCUAUCUUUUAAACCAAGUAAUUUUAAAAACAUCGUGGAAAAUUUUAAGAAAGCGAACGAAAAAGAAGUACGACAAAAAGCGGUCUUAGCUGGGGAAGCGUUACCACAGGAAAAUGAACGCUUCCAAAACAUGCUUUCAAAACUGACUUUGAAUGAAGAUAGGAACGAUGAAAGAGUUCCCUGCUUAAACAAGGACGAAGCAUUAACAUUGCAUUUUAAAUCAACGUGUAAUUCUUUUCCUUCGUCACAAACUCCACAAUGAAACUGGAAUUGUUGGCCUCGGAAACGGGGAGAACUAUAACUGACAAUGAUUUAGGGAUAGAGAGCACCGAACUUACCAAUGGAGAUGUAUCGUCGUUUGUUACAUCAGAAAAGUUAAAUAGCACCUCAUUGUCGGAUGAAGAACAAAAGAACAGAUGCAAUAAAUGCGAAUGUGUUGCUUGUGAAACUAUCUUGGACACAAUCUCGAGAAAUAUGUGUGCUAUCGAAAACAGACUCGUUACGAAAUUUGAAGAGAAAUUCUCUUUACUACAAACUGAUCUUAAUUCAAAGUUUCAAUUGUUGUACAAUCAAAUGAAAAAAGAAAAAGAUAAUGAAUAAAGGCCAGGUCGAAGGGGCAAAACCUUUUCAUUUGUAAAACAUUUUAUCAUGUAAAACAUUUAUUCUAUAAAGAAUUAAAACAGAUUAUUUCACGUUGA